AUAAAAAAUUGCUAAAUCUAGGUAGAUUAGGGUUUCAUUCGGCAUGGAGUGAGGUAAUCGACUUGGCUACUUGUUUUUAUUUUUAAAAUUUGUAGCUUUUGCCUUUCCCUCUCAAAACUCAGAAAUACCCAACAGCCAAAUCCCACAUCUCAAGUUUGAAACAACACCCACCAGGUGUUCGUGAAAAUGCCUAAUCCCCAUGAAACCUUAACUCACAUAGUUAUUGAACCAAUUUUUCUCCGACGAUCUCCACGGCUUCAACACCUCAAUGACUGUCGAAAAGCUGCAAUAUCCAGAUGCAAGAAUCACCCCAUUUCUAUAUCUUCCCCGGCCAAACCCACAAAUAGGUCAACAGAUUAUUCGAUGGGUAUUACCAAAUCUGAAACUAGGUCUAGAAAUCGUUCGAAAUCAGUUAAUGGGUCUAAAAGUCUUGUUAAAUCAGCAGAUGGGUCGAGAAAAACUACAAGCUUUAGCGGCAAUUUUAAGGGACUCCGACGAUCUCCGAGGUUAUGCUAUGAGGUAAAUUCUUCAGUUGAUGUUAAUUUGUCGUUUAAUGAAAAAUUUGAUUGGUUUAUUCAUUGUGAUGAUGCUAAGAGCAGCAGUAAUUCAAAGAAAAACUUAACGUUGGGGGAAAAGAAAGAUAAUAGGACUAUGAUAGAUGUUGGGGAUUCUCCUGUACCUCCAAAUGAGGUUGUUAGGAAUGAAUUUUUGGCUAAUUUAGGGUGCACUAAUGAUUCCGAGGCUAGGGUUUUAUGUAAAGGAAUUUCGAUUAAUUCGGAGAGGAGGAUUACCCGUAGUUGUUCUAGAUUGAUGGAAAGAAAAGUAGCGGUUGGAAAGAUUUUCGAAGAUGAGCAAGAUGAUAGUAAAUCAUUGAAACACUGCAUUAGACGUAGGUCUAAUGCAAGGGAAAUUCUUAGUUCAGUGGAACCUUCAACUGUUAGAGUGGAUGGUGAUGUGAGGGGGAUAAGAUGCAGUAAAGGGAAGGAAAAUAAAAGAGUUUUUUGCAGUGGUUCGAAAACUUUGUUAUUGGGGAAAGGAAAUAAUGUGAAAGGUAAUCGAGGAAAUGAUGGUAGAAAAGAUAAUUCAUGUAGACAAAUACUUGGAGAUGCUGAUAAGAAGAUGAAUUCGAGUGGUUCUCAUAAGGCAGGAGGAGAAAAUGAUGUAUACCCUCGAACAAUGGAGAGGCGUAGCUCUCAUUUGUCUUUAAUAAACGAGGGAAGAAAGGGGGAGGUUAAGUUAAAGGAAGAGAAACAAGAAGGCAAGGAAAAAGCUGCAGUGCAUAUUGAUGUGAAGGAAAAGGAAUGUCAUGAUUGUAUAGGACAGGAUAUUGACAAGUUGAUUAAUGGAAGUGGUGAUGCAUCAUCUCUACGCCAUAUUUCAGGAAGAGGGGAGACGGAUAGAGAGGAUGUUGUAGGAGACAGUAAAGCGACGGGAGGUAAGAGGAAAAGAAAGCAAGUAGGUCAAGGGACUGAUCAAGGGUGGACAAAGGAGCAGGAAGCAGCAUUGCAUAGAGCUUAUUUUACUGCAAAACCUAGUCCACAUUUUUGGAAGAAAGUUGCUAAAGUGGUACCGGGAAAAUCUGCUCAGGAGUGUUUUGAUAAAGUACAUUCAGAUAAUCAGACUCCAAUUUGCUCGAAGAUUGCUACAAGGGCGAAAAAGAAGAAAUCACCAACUGUUUUCUUGAUGUCAAGCAGUGAGUUGUUUAAAUCUCCCGAAGCAAAGAGCAAGAAGGCUUGCAAAAUGAAGUCUCAAAUGGCGCGUAAAACUAUGCGACACUUAUUACAGAAAUAUUGUCAUGUGAACGAAAAUAAUGAAGCAGAUUUGUUUUCUGUUCUUGAGCCUUCAGUAAAUCCUUCAGCUGAAGCCUUUCACUUGACUCCAAAACAGCUACUGAAAAGUCCGGAAUCUUCCUCAAAGUCUCGUGACAGAUCAUCGUCAGGCCGCAAGUGGGUUUUGAGGUUCAACAAUAGAAGUGAAAGCCCACUCACAAGUCCUCCGGUUCUGAAGAAGGUGAAGAAUAUGGCUUUACACGAGAAGUAUAUUGAUCAGUUACAUAUCAGGGAUCGUAAGAGAAAGGUGAGUUUCUCGCGCUGCGUAAAAUUAGGUCAGACUCAAAAGGACGGAGAAAAAAACCCUCUUCAAAUGAAGGAUAUAAUCAAAUCGGCGAAAGAUGCCCUAGUUUCUGAUGCAAAAGAUGCCAUUGACAAGUUUCGGCAUUCACAGGCGAAUCUUAUGGCAGUGUUUUCUGAUUCUGAGGAUGUCAGUGGCAAUGAUGAAGAAGAUGAACCUGUGCUAUAGAUCGGAAUAUGUGUAUUCCUGUAAUGACUGAGGAUAGGAAUAUCAGUCUGUAACUGCUGAUUUGAUCAUUAGGACAAAACCCUGACCUAACAAUCAACAUUGUCCUUUGUUUAAAUAAGCUUUGUAUUUGAGCCUAUGUACAUAAUCACCAAUUCACCAUACAUUAUGGCUACAACCAGAUUAGAGGUGUUUAUUCAGGUUAUCAGGUUAAUUUCAAGUGGUUUGAAAUCGGGUUUUGUGUCCAUAUUGUUUUUUACAUAAUUGUAAACCAUUUUUGAAGUUGAACCAAAUUGGGUUUGGUUACAAGGUA